AAUGAUGUUAUGAGGAGACGUAGAAAACAAGAGUGGAAGGAUUGCAGCGUGUAGCAGGAAUGGAGUCUUUUAGCUUUUUGUUGAUCAUUCUCCUGUUUGGAAGUGCUAGCUUCUUAACAAUGGAGAGAGAUGAAGCUGCUGGACAUACAAAUCUAUCAUCAGCCUGUGUUCUGCCUAGAGCAUGUCCUGUGGCUGGCUAUAAUCACUGGUACAGCGUGGGGUCACGGUGUGUCAGAUAUUUCAGCACCCCUCUCAACUUCACUGAAGCUGAGUUUAGCUGCAGAAGUCAAGCCCAUGGUGGACAUCUGGUGUCAGUGCAUAACUCAAAAGCUAAUGCUGAUGUGCUUUGCAUUGUGGUCUACCAUAACCCACACAACCUGAUCACCUGGAUCGGAGGCUUUGAGCUUUUUCGGUCUGGUAAAUUUAUCUGGACUGAUGGUUCCUUCUGGAACUAUCAAAUCUGGUCACCUGGGGAGCCCACCCGCAUCUACCGCAGCAGUGAUGUCUGUGUGGAAAUGAACUGGAGUCAUGUUGGCAAGUGGAAUGACUACCCAUGUCACGUGAGAAGAAACUACAUGUGUGCCUUCAAAGUGAUGACAGCUUUAGAUUCAGACUAAAUAUAGACUGAACUUUUAUUU